UUAUUCAAAAAGCAACCGAGUGCCAACCAUUUUGAAACGGAGAGUAGUUUUAAAUAUUUUUUCUUGAUCUGUUGUCAUUUUUCCAAGAAUUGUUUGAUAUAACCAAAAAUUAUUAUUUGUUGUUUCAGUAAUUGGACCACAAAGUACAGGAAAAUCGACUCUUUUAAAUAUGUUAUUUGAUAGUAAUUUUCAAAUGAGUGCUGGUCGUUGUACAAAAAGAUUUAUAUGCAUCACUUUUUAAAACAAAAUAUCCAAAUUCAAGUAAAUUAUUAGUACUUGAUACUGAAGGACUUUUAUCUAUUGAAAAAGAAAAUGAAGAAUAUGAUAAAAAAUUAACAGUAUUUUCAAUGGCAUGUUCACAAAUUAUGCUUAUAAAUUUAAAUGGAGAAUUAAAUUCAUCAAUGAAAAAAAUUUUAACUAUUAAUUUAUUUGCUGCUAAUCAAUUAAAAAUGUUUAAUUCUCGUUCCAUUAUUAUGUUUAUAUUAAGAAAUAUGAUGAAUUUAGAUGUUGGAUCGAGUGCCAACCAUUUUGAAACGGAGAGUAGGGGUGGCACAUUUUCUUUACUGAUGCGUUACUUUACUGAGUAAAGCAACGCUUUCAAAUAUCACCGUAUGAGUGACGAACAACCGA